AUGUCUUAUUAAUUAAUAUAAAUAUUCGAAUUAGAGAACAUUUCAAGAUUAUCUACUUAUAUAGAAUAAACUUUAACGAGAUAAGGAACAUAUGAUGAAAACAAGCAAGUCUAUUUAGAAUAAUUUAAAGAAUAAACUAAUAACUAUUUACAAAAAAAAGAUUAUAUCAGUGUAUUAGAAUUACUUUUUGAUGCUAGAUUAAAAUUCAGACUAGAUAAUAAAUUUUUAUAAACAAUUCCUGCUUUAACUUCAUAUUUUAUAUAAUAAUGCAAUUAAAAAGAAAAAAAAGAAGAAUUACUUUAAGCCUUUAUUCAUUUAAAUGAUAAAGAAACCUAAUACUCAAUAAAUUAAAAAUUAAAUUUAUAUGGUAUUCUUUUUAAUGGACUUGAUAAGGAAUCAAAUAUUUAAUUAGAACUUUUUAAAGAAAUAAUUAACUUUAGUAAAAAGCAUGAUAAAUUAAGUGUUCUGAAUAAUAGUUUAGUCAAUUUAGAUGAAAUUACAUAAGGAUGGAAAAUAAGCAAUGAUAAAAAAUAAGGAUUAUAUUAGCAUAUAAUAAAUGUUUUAGACAAACAAAAAUAUUAAGAAUUAAAAUGCAAAUUAAUUAUAAAAUAUUUAUAGUCUUUUAAUUCUAUAAAUAAUGAAGAAAAUGAGUUUUCGAAAAAAUAAAUUCUUUAUUUAAUUUUAUAAGGUUAAAUUCUUUCUGAGUAUAAUAAUAUUUUUGAAUCUUAAGGAAUGUAAUAUUUAGAAAAAUCAAACUCUGAUUUAUACUAAAUUUUCUCCUUCUUCAUUACUGGAGAUGUUUAAGGAUACUUAAAUUUCAAGAAUUAAAAACCAAAUGCUAUUAAAUCUCUUAAUAUUAAUGAGGAUUAAUAUUCUGAGAAAGUAAGAGUCUAAUCAAUUGGAAGAAUAACUAAAUCUGGAGAAAUUAUUACUUUAUGCUGA